UUGAGUUUCGCUAGCGCUAGGUCGGGACCUUGGAGCGUUAGUGAGCCUCCGCUGAGCAAGAAUUCAACGUGCAAAUUCGUAAUUGUGUCGGAAGUUACACAUAUGACCAAGUGUUAAUUACAGAACAAUUAAGAAUUGCGGAAGCUGCUUUUGAGAUUUGGUGGUGUGUCUCGUGAAUUUUAAUGGGCUUUGAUUUGGCUGAGGGAAGCAAGUCGCUGGCCAUAUGUAAAUGCCUGGUCGGAGGCGUAGAGCUGUUCUAGAGUGGUUGGGGUCUGUCAAUAUAUUCAGUUCUUGCAACAAGUGAGUGAGUGUUUUUGCGGAUUGUUGUGGACCAGAUGUCGUGUGCGUAGUGCGUGCGUGUUGUAGGAGUACUUAACAAUUGUGAUUGACUUUACACGUAUCCUGCUCUGAUACAUGACUAUUGACGAAACAAAUACUUGUCCUUUCAUGGUAACAUCAGAAGGAUAAUAAACCAACUAUCCCCGGAAGGAGAACACGCAUCCAGCACAACUCACGUAGAAGGAAAUGCUCUCUUAAGAUAUCGAUUGGGUCAUCAGAAGGAGGCACACGCAAAAUCAUCCAGCCAGAAUGUAUGGGAUGUUGCUUGAGAGUGUACAGCACUUUGUGCAGACCGAGUUUGGAGAUGAAGUUUGGCUUAAGGCAUUGCAGGCUACCGACUGCAAGUACUCUGUUUUCAAUACUCAUCAGAUAUACCCAGAUCACCUGAUGCCAGAUUUUGCCGCAGCACUUGCGGCAAUCACGGGAAAAUCCACUGAAUUCUUCAUGAAUUACUUUGGAAAGUGCUUCGUCCGAUUUUUCAGUAAUUUUGGAUACGACAAAAUGCUCAAAGCGACCGGUCGUUACUUUUGCGAUUUUUUACAAUCUGUGGACAAUAUUCACUUACAGAUGCGUUUCACAUAUCCAAAAAUGAAGAGUCCUUCGAUGCAGCUGACCCAAGUGGACAAUGAGGGUGCAGUGUUGGUUUACAGGAGCGGUCGAACUGGUUUCUCAAAGUAUUUCAUGGGACAACUCAUUGAAAUCGCUAGAACCUUCUAUGAGAUGGAAGUGAAAAUUCGAGUUUUGGAAAGCAUUAACGAUGCUGGCUCGGCAGGCACGGCCGGACCAAUUCAGCUGUCAAGUGCGAAUGCCUUAAAAUCGGUUGUUGUUAAGUACCGGUUGGAUUUUGAUAAUCGCGAUUAUAUGGCGAAACGAGUUAAUAUUGAAGCUCACCCUUCUCAAUUAUCCUUAGGAAGUGUCGAUAUUAGUAUUAUCCUAGAAUUAUUCCCUUUUGCUUUGGUCCUAGAUCAUGACAUGCGAAUUCAACGUGCCGGGGAAAAGGUCAUCGAAAUUUGGAUUCUUCAUAAUCCUAACAAACCACCAGAGAAAUUUUUUGGCUCACUUUUGACAGAUCACUUCAAAUUGCGUCGUCCAAAGGGUAUACCACUCAAUUGGAGUACAGUGAUCAACAUGCAUACGGUCCUUUUUGAAUUGGAAUUGAUUCGAACUGGUCCUGGACAUGUGGUUUCGAAUUCUGAGGAUUCUGAUGAGCAUAAUAAUCACGCUAACAACGGUCAAAGCAAUGGAAAUGACAAUUCAACUAAUGAUGCUAUCCCUCCGUUGACCGUACCUACUGAUCGACGAGGAUCACAGGGACUACGAAGCAUUUUGUUACAGGGACAAUUGUUUUAUAUUAAGGAUAUUGAUUCUUUGGUGUUCCUAUGCAGUCCACUAAUCAACAACUUAGACGAACUGCAUGGCAUGGGAUUGUACCUGAAUGACUUAAACCCUCACGGCCUUAGUAGAGAAAUGGUUAUGGCUGGUUGGCAGCAUUGCUCAAAGUUAGAACUCAUGUUUGAACGCGAGGAGCAGCGUUCGGAUGAACUAGAGAAAUCCCUGGAAUUGGCAGACUCCUGGAAAAGGCAAGGCGACGAAUUGCUGUACUCAAUGAUUCCUCGACCAGUGGCAGAACGUUUACGUGGUGGACAGAAUCCUUUGAAUACAUGUCAAAGCUUUGAACAGGUUUCCGUUCUAUUUGCUGAGUUACUUAAUUUGUCGUACUCUGGGGGAAACAUCCAAGAUGCCAUGAGCUCGGUUUCUACCCUGAAUAUUGUGUUCUCGGCUUUCGACGAAGAGAUAAUUUCGCCAAUGGUUUAUAAAGUUGAAACUGUCGGACAGGUUUACAUGGCUGUGAGUGGAGCUCCUGAUAUCAACCCUUUACACGCGGAACAUGCUGCGGAUCUUGCUUUGAGGUUAAUGAAGAGGAUUCGUGAGCUGAACUUACCUGGAGUAUCUGUAAAAAUUGGUCUCCAUUCAGGACCGGUAGUAGCUGGCGUAGUGGGAUUAAAAGUGCCCCGUUAUUGCCUUUUUGGUGAUACAGUGAACACAGCCUCCCGAAUGGAAAGCAGUGGAGAACCAGAUAAAAUUCAAGUUACAUCCGUGACCGCCGAUAAGAUUAGAGCUAAAGGGUACAAAUUGGUAUCUCGAGGACAUGUCAAAGUGAAGGGCAAAGGUGAUAUGGAGACAUUUUGGCUCAUAGAUGGACCCCAACAGAGUACAAGUAGAAGACCAAUAAAGAAGCAUUUUUAGAGAGCUAUGGAAGAAAUUUAAUUGCACAGUUUGAAACAGUUAACUAAAAGCAAAUUAUUAAAUUGUAAUAUGUUAUUACACUGCAAAAAAAGGGAGCAAUGUUGAAGAAAAAGCAAACACAGGUUCUAAACUAGAUUAGUGCAAUGUAGAGAAUAAAUUAUGAAAUGUAUCAAGUUGAAAA